GGCACAGAGCCUGAGCGGCAAGGACUGAGCUGAGACGAUUGAAAAUCAGAACAUGACGGACGAGGAAACAAACAUUGGACCUAGUUAGAGUAGAUGACACGUUAUUCAGAGCGGAUACGCGGGGGAGAAACAGCACUUCAGGCUGGCAUCUAUCAACCCAGCAGAGGAAAUGGCGGUGAGGCAAAGGCUCUUCAACUCAACAGCACCUUUCUCCGGAUCACCCCAAACCGAGCUGAAGGGGUCGUACCCAUCAUGCUCCACGGCGGAGCAGGAGACGGAGGAGGAAGAGGAUGAGGGAAAGGACAGCAAAAUGGGCCACACACGAAAAUGGGCCACACCCUUAAUCAAUAAACUCAUCUUACAUGGAACUGCAGAACAAGUUGGAGAAAUGCCGUUCAAGACCUCAACAAUUAUUGCCCAGGCAGAAUGUGAAACCCAGGACUCUCAAGAAUUUAGUCCUUCUUGUUCUGAACGAUCCUUUGUUCCCUCCCCUAACUGCUUCACCAGUCUUUCCUCCGAGCACAACAAUGUUGCCUGCCCGACAACAGCUUCUGUCCAGGAGCCGAGCGGCUUAUCGGCACAGCUCACACCUAGAAAGAAGACCAGGAGGAGGCAGAAGCGAAAAGGGAAGAAGAAGCUGGAGAAGAGGAAGGAGAGGCAGCGACAGAGACAUCGAAUGCCCUCUGGAGUCCCUGAACAGGAGAGUGGAAGUUCUCUAGUCCAGAUCUUGGAGGAGUCGUCUCAUGGAGGGAGAAGAGACCUCAGCACCUCUUGCUGUAGCAGCAUCGAAAGCUCAGACAAGCAGGACCGAAGGCCUUCCCUUUACGGCCGACGGAUCUACAGCACAGGCUCCAGCUGCGCUCCUCUCAACUGGCCUGAGCAGGUCUUGGAUUCUUUCUCCAGCCUCCGGUCCUAUGAGCAGGACAGCAGCUCAGACUCCCACAGCAGUCUGGGGGACUGUUCGCUGGCCCUUGCAGGCCUCAGGGGCAGCGUCAGUCAGGGAGACUCGUGUUACGCAGGACCUUUUUUCAAAGAGGUGGAGAGGGACGCAAAGGAGGAGGAAGAUGAGCUCUCAGCAGCUGAUUCUGACAGCAACGAGGGGAUAAUCUUUUACAACGAAAAAAUUCAGCCUGUGGACUCUGAAUACAAGGAAGGGAGGGAGUAUGUCCUCACACAGUUUAUCAAGGAAGGCUCCUAUGGCGAAGUGCACAGUGCUCAAGAUGUCAACACAGGAUUCCGAUUUGCUGUUAAAAAGAUUGCCAUGAAGAGGUUCAACAGUGAGGAGGUGGGUGCGUGGAGUACCCUCAGAUCUCCUCGUGUGGUGAAGCUCUUUGGAGUGAUCAGAGAAGGGCCUAAUGUAGUCCUCUUGAUGGACCACAAAUCUGGCUCUCUGGGCCAGCUGAUAGUGGAGCGUGGCCGGCUGCCAGAAGACCUCAGUCUUCACUACCAUUCUCAGGUCUUAAUAGCGCUGGAGUACUUGGUGAAGAAAAAAGUGGUGCAUCUAGACAUUAAAGCUGACAAUGUGUUGCUGUCGGAGGACGGUAAAGAAACCUUCCUGUGUGACUUCGGACACGCAGAGAGACUCAACAAUCAGGGACAGAGCCUCAGUGGGUCCAAAGAUCUGAAGGGCACAGAGACCCACAUGGCCCCCGAGAUUGUAAAAGGGGAACCCCGCGGAGCCAAAGCAGAUGUGUGGAGCAGCUGCUGUAUGUUACUGCACAUGCUCAAUGGGUGUCAACCUUGGACAAGAUACUACACCUGCAGACUUUACCUGAAGAUUGCUAAUGAGCCCCCGCCUCUGAGAGAGAUCCCACCUGACUGCAGCCCGCUCACAGCGGAAGUUAUAAAGGCAGGACUCCAGAAGGAUCCAGUCAAGAGAUCAUCAGCAUCUGAGCUCAAGGAAAAAACUGACGCAGCUCUGAGAGAAGUUGGAGGACUCAGCAGCCCAGUGAAGGGGCCCUACACAGACCCCCUGUACAUUUCCAACAAACCGCCCGACUCCCUGCAACUCAUUAACAGCAGCAUUGACUUUGAGGAUGAUCAACGUCAAGAGUCAGUUGAGAAAGUGAUCACAGCAGGGAGGAGAACCCAGAAACUGGAUGAUGAUAAGCAGGAGGUGGUGGCCAAUUCUAACGAGUCAAAGCAAGGUUCUCCUCUCGGUCCACAAAUGCUGAUUUCUGAGCCGAACCACAAGAGAGGCAACAAGAUCACCACUGAGCUCCAUAAACUGGAGCGAGAAUUCUACCUGAGCAGUCUGUCCCAGCCGUAUUCUCCUCAGAUGCAGGAGCAGCUGUUGUCUUGUCUCAGCAGCGACCCGUAUUCCAACUGGGAACCAUGGGACAAAAAGGACUCUGGCCGCUGGUCCCUGAGCCCAGGAGACGACUUCAGCUCCGGUGUUUUCUCCUACAACAGUCAGCCAGACGUGCAGGUCUUCAGCAUGGAUUUGCUGGGUCACGCACAAGUGCCACCACCAUGCUGUUUUGAAGGGGUGGAUGUCUGCAUCCGAGAUUUCAGCAGGAGAAGCAUCCGAAUCAGAGAGGCGCGUCGGGUGAAGGUGGGACACAUCGCCACUGGAAUCAGCGAUCAGAUCUCUGAGAGAGUGUUCACUCUGGAGACACAGCAGGGCCAGCAGAUUGCUCACGAUGAGGAGGUGCAGGAGUCCGGUCUGGAGCUCUGCUGUGUUCCUGCUCCAGACUUCAGCCCUGCCUGGAGGUGGAGGAUCAGAGACGGGGUGCUGGAGACAAGAUAGAGCCCCGCAGCGUCAUCCGAACCACUGAUCAUAUUGCCUUUUAUUGUGCAGUUUUAAAUAUGUGUCUUUUAUUUGUGCAAUUUUACAAGGACCAUGAUCUAUAAAAAUUUCUUCUAUGCCAUUUUCAAUAGACAUUGUCUUGUUGGAGGAGGGUUACUGUGCAGCUUUAAGUCUUGCAAUGUUUGUUUACAUGUUGCACUUUUGUCUUGUUUACAUUAAAACAAUAAACAUUUUAAAGAAAUGUGCCGAUUGUUGCAA